AUUUCAAAAUAACCUCAACAACUUUCUAUCUCUCUUGCUUAAGCUUCCAAACCCAAUACAACCAUCAGAUCGAAUUCAGUUUUGAUAUUCGAUCUGAUGGUUAGGGCGUCCUAAAUAAAUCCAAACACAUAUUACCCCAUACUUAUAUUAUUAUUAAUAUCUUUUCGUGAGUACAUAUUUUCAGAAGAACAAGAGCUUCGUCAUCGUCGAGAUGGAUAAAGUGAUGAGGUUGGCAUCUGAGAAAGGCGUGGUGAUCUUCACGAAAAGCUCUUGUUGUCUAUGCUAUGCAGUUAACAUUUUGUUUCAAGAACUUGGGAUUAGGCCUAUGGUUCAUGAGAUAGACCAAGAUCCUGAAGGAAGGGAAAUGGAGAAAGCUUUGAUGAGGUUAGGUUGCACUGCACCUGUUCCUGCUGUGUUCAUUGGAGGGAAACUGAGAGGUUCCACUAAUGAAAUCAUGUCACUUCACCUAAGUGGUUCACUCACUCAGUUGUUGAAACCAUACCAAUCUUGUUCUUGAAUCUUCAUACUUUGUUGCUGGAAGAAUAAACUGAAUUGUUAGUAGUGAUCUUAGUAUUGAUAGUUAUCUAGUGUUUUAUGUAUCAAAGUGCUUCUAGCCUUUUAUUAACUAUAAUGUAAUCACAUAAAUAUUUUUAAUCAAGUUUGAUUUGUGUAUUAACUAUAA